AUGGCUGCUGCUAAACUUCCACCGCAAGUAUUGGAAGCAUUGUUUUCUUAUAUAGACAUAUCUGAUCUACGGAAUUGUGCUCUAGUGUGUAAGAAUUGGUAUAAAUAUCUAAAUGAUGAGAAUAACGAUGUAUGGCGAUUUAAUUGUGUGCGAAAACUCGCAGAAGAAGCAUUGAAAUCGGACGUUCUGAAAAAUGUCCCUACAUACAAAGCGAAAUUACGGGCAUUUUACCAUGCAUGGAACCCAAGUGACUGUUCGAGGAAUAUGUAUGUGAAACAGAAUGGGUUUACAGUGCAUCGGAACCCAGUAGCACAAAGUACAGACGGUUCUCGGGGUAAGAUAGGGUUCCGAGCGGGUCGACACUGUUGGGAGAUUUGGUGGGAAGGUCCACUUGGAACUGUAGCUGUGAUAGGACUAGCCACCAAAAAUGCCCCAAUUCAGUGUCAGGGCUACGUGAGUCUACUAGGCAGUGAUGACCAGAGCUGGGGUUGGAACCUUGUAGAUAAUCAUCUUAUUCACAAUGGAGAUAACCAAGGAAAUUAUCCAACAUUAAACAAUGCUCCAAAGUAUCAGGUUGGAGAAAGAAUACGAGUUAUAUUAGAUUGUGAUGAUAAUACGCUAGCUUUUGAGAAAAAUUAUGAAUUUUUAGGUGUUGCAUUUCGGGGUUUGCCGGAUACUCCUUUGUACCCGUCCGUGUCAGCUGUUUAUGGAAACACGGAAGUGUCAAUGGUGUACCUUGGACCACCUCUGGAUGGAUGACACGGUUCCACUUAUUUUAGUAGGAUUUAUAACUAAUUGUAUUCUGAUAAGCAUCUCAGUGAAUGUGACUUGUGUUGUGACAAGCAUAUGAAUGAAUUGAGCUGACCAUAGAAACGGAGAACAACCCAAUUGGGUUUGAUUCAUUUUAAAUCACUAUAAGCCUUAAUACAGGUGUAUAGUGUAAUGCUAUCAGCAGUAUUAAGCAAAUCAUGUUGUGUAAACAUGUAUGCCUCAUCUAUCAGCAUGUAAAUGUACCAUAUGGCAUCACUUUAAACAACAUGAUAUAUACAUGAACAACUUUGAUGUGUUAAGCUUCAUCACAGGUGAAAAUAGGACACUUAACCACUAGUGCUAAUCACAACUGUACAAAAAAAUAUUCAGAUAGAGAGAACCAGUAGUGCUUCAUAGACUUUAAGGUUGAACCAGUGUGUGGAUGAGAGGUUGUUUGUAUGGGCACCUGAUUUUCAAGUUUACAAGUCUGCUAUGUGAUGUCCAUGCUGUGCUUAAACUGCACAAGUUACUUCCCUUGACUUGGGCCAUGACAUAUAUGGCUAUGUACCAUGUAUAUUUCUUGUUGAAUGGAAACUUAAAUUGGAAGUUUUCUUCUGUUUUAUUUUGUUCAUUCUUGUCACUGAUUUGGAGAUAUUGAUAUACACUAUGUAAUUAAUUAUGACAUAGUAUUUCUGCCAAUUCAAAAAUUAAGAUGAAAAAGUCUUUUUAA